AUGCCAGGACCAGAGCGCAGUUUAGGGUGUUAUCGAUGCCGGUCCAUGAAGUUGAAGUGCGACCAAGAACACCCAGAAUGCAAACGCUGCCAAAGGGUAAAAGUCACAUGCCCUGGAUACAGACAGGAGAAUGAUCUCAUUUUCGUCGAUGUCAGCAACCAGAUACGAGAACGAGGAGACGCACAUCGACCUCGAACUUCACGGAAAAGCACGACCGAGAGCCCCAAAGGAACUAUAGACAGUCCUCGUAAACAGCGAGUUACAAGUUCCCCCUCACUCUCGCCUCCAGCAUUCAAAAUUCUCCCCCAAACAGAUUGGAACCAGCACGCAUUAUGUCGAUUCAUGUCGGAAUUUACCAUGCAAACGCGGGACUUGAAAACGAACCCAGGAUUUUUGCACAACUUACCACAGCUUUACUGCGAGUCCAGAGGUCGAGAUCCGUUACUAGACCACGCGGUGCUUGCAGUCUCUCUUGCUCACCACAGCAACCAGUCGGGAUCAUAUGAUGCAGCGCUGCAAGCACGAAAAUCGUAUGGUCUUUCAAUAUCGCUCUUGAAUAAGGAACUCUCCGAGGGGAAUUUGCAGAGCGAAUCAACAUUAAUCGCCGUUUUGUUUCUCAAUUAUUAUCAGGUUUUCAGCGAUGAGAAUCCAACAUCUGAUGUGUGGAGCAUGCAUUCUGAUGCUCUCAGCAUGCUUCUCCGUAGUCGUGGGACUGUCUCUCAGUUUCUGGAUCCCAGAGUUGGCGGCAUCACUCGUGCUGCUGUGUACAUAGCAGUAUAUCGCAACUUAACAAGGAGAAUCUUACCAGGGCCGGAAGUGGCGCUCUUUGAAGAAGCGCUCGAUUCAUACAAAGAAACCACAUGGGGCGAAACAACACUCGCCCUCGCGAGCACCACUCGACUAUUAUGCAAAUGCGACGAUCUGCUUGCAAAGAAACCAUCACAAGGCCACUCGAGCCUAGCCCUCCUCGAAUUGAUAACCCGAUUCAGAGAAGAAGAUUGUCGAUACCCGAAAUGGUACGGCUCAGUCGCGAUAGAUCCAGACAGACUAGAGGACAGUUUCUUCGACGUGAUAUGGGUGAAUAGUCGGCGCGCAGCUCGUAUCACUCUCCUGCAAAGCUUAGUAGAGCUCACUCUGAGGGUGCACCCGCAUUCCGAUUUACAUCACCGGCUUAAAGAAAUGAAUCGCGUGAGACAUGCAGCCGAAGACACGAUCCAGAUGAUGGCAGAUGAGAUAUCAAUUAGCACGACAUCCUUGCUGGCCGAGUUUGAAGGGAAGAGGGCAAAAGCGUGUCGUGAUGGAGAGCCGAUUGGGUGUGUAGCUAUUGCGUACUUUUUGAGCCUGGCUCCGCUAGGGAUUGCGAUUGGGGUGAAGACAUUGAGUGACGAACAGCGGAGGUAUAUUGCGGGGCAGUUGGCCGUGGUCAGUAGUAGGAUUGGUCUGAGACGGCCGUUAAGACAGCAGUGGCGGAAAUAA